AUGAACGAUUCAAGCUUUUCUCACGAAGACGACAUUGGACGGAUGGCGGCUCACAAUGGUCAGGAUGAAGGGAAUGAUGAAGACGGUCAAGGAGAAGGGGACGGUCAGAUAAGUCGGAGGACAAUCAAAAUGUUGAUCUACUUUGGUUUGAUUUUAUUUUGUUCAGGUACUGUGAGUCUGUUUACGAUCAACUGGAUGGCCGCUAUCAAGUCGCGUCCUUGUAAGACGUGUGAGCCGAAGGCGUUUGAUGCCAACAACACGCUUCAGGCUAUUCAAUGUCUUGGAGAGGUGCUGUGUUAUCCCAUCUACCAUCUGGAGAAGUACGUUACGACGAGGUGUGUGCGUGCGAAGAAACAUCGAUCUGUGCGGAACCUGAACUCUUCUCAAGUUCGCACGGUCGGCCCAAAUUGGACAGACGGGAAGAGCAGCCGUAGUCCGAACAGCCGUAGUCCGAACAGCCGAAGUCCUACCAGCCGUAGUCCGAACAGCCGAAGUCCUACCAGCCGUAGUCCGAACAGCCGAAGUCCGAACAGCCGUAGUCCGAGAAAUAAUGGUGACGUGAGGCAGGAACAUCACAAACGGGAUCACGGAAAGCGGGAACCCGGGGGGAGUCUGAAGAGCAGUCCUCGACACAGUCCUCGACACAGUCCUCGGAGCGGUGCAGAAGUGGGUUUGCCGGAGGUGAGUUUACGAGUGGAGGAGAUUGGUAGUGAUUAUCGCGAGUACGGUUAUCUGGAGUUCGAGAUGUUGGGUGAUCGUAGUUUGCCGCGUGCGAAAUGGUACCAUUGGAUCGUGCCUGGAUGUUGUGACGGUUUAUGCAGUGUAUUGUUCUUCUAUGGUAUCCAAUUUACGGACAACAAUACGGUAGCCAUGAUUCGUUGUGGCACGUUACUGGUUACGGCGUUGUUGUGUAUAGUUUGGUUUAAACGCGACUUGCGUGUGACUUCAUGGGUUGGUCUUUGCUUGAUUAUUCUUGGUCAGGCGGUUGGUAGUGUGGAGGCUACCCGUUUGGCGACUUCGAACCAUCGACAUACCACGUUGGGUGUGUUGUGUGCAUUGGGCGGUGUUUUAUUCUCAGCAUUGCUCUAUGUUUGGGAAGAAAGUAUGUGGGUCAAGAACAGUAUGUCACCUGUGGAGGGUGUUGGCUGGUUAGGAAUUGUCAGUCUUGUGUUGUCAGUAAUUGCCUCGGCCAUCGCCGAUGCAACCGGUACCGAAAAAAUCAGCGAAGCUCUCUACCAACUAGGAUCAUCUCCCGCCCUCAUUGCCGUCUGUCUGCUCUUCAUGCUCGCCGUCGGGGUUGUGAACACGUUCGCUCUCGGCGUAAUCAGCCUCGGCUCCGCCCUCUUCACCGUUACCGUUCUCGCCGCACGCAAUGUUCCACUCUGGCUCUGUGAUCUCCUCUUCGGCUUCGAGACCUUUUCCUGGCUCCAAUGCGUUUCCAUCGGCAUCAUCUCCCUCGGCUUCCUCUUCUACGCACAUGUCACUGUACGCUGCUUCCCCUCCAAAUGGCGCAGACUUCUAGAUGCAGAUGUACAUCUCACCUGCCACCUCGUCUUCAGCGACAGCGAAGACGACGACCCAGACCAAGAAGAAGAAGACACCACACAUAUUUCCACACCCCGCAAUAGACACUCCGCUGGACCACAUGUCGUCUUGACUAGAGACCCUGAUGCGUUCUACCUCGAUGACGGACAAACCUGGCUCUACCUUGAACGAGACGUCGAAGUACUCAAGAAAUAA